CUGCGCGCUGCGGGGAUCGGUGCCGGCCCCGGCGCUGGCGCCGCCCGCCGCCCGCUGCCUAUUUUAGUCACAGCGGCGGCUCGGGGGACGCGGCGGGGUCGGAGCGGCAGCGGAGCGGGGGCCGCGCGGGACGCUUCUUCCGAGGGCGCGGGGCAGGAGUCUCCAAGAUGAAUACUACAUCAAUGACCCCACUCACUGUUACUCCACUAGGUUUUAUUCCAGAAUUAAAAAACGCCACCCUUGUGCCUUUCAAUGAGACUGCAUGUGAAAACUGGAAAGAGAUUCAUCAUCUUGUUUUCCACAUGGCAAAUAUUUGCUUUGCAGUUGGACUGGUUAUUCCAACUACUCUGAACCUUCAUAUGAUUUUUCUGCGAGGCUUGCUCACCAUAGGCUGUGCGUUGUUCAUCAUUUGGGCUACGCUCUACCGUUGUGCCUUGGACAUAAUGAUCUGGAAUUCUGUGUUUUUGGUUGUCAACCUUUUACAUUUCAUAUACCUGGUAUAUAAGAGAAGACCGAUCAAGAUAGAGAAGGAGCUUAGCAGCCUCUACAAGAGAAUGUUUGAACCUCUCCAUGUGCCUCCAGAGCUCUUCCAAAGACUAACUGGACAAUUCUGCAACAUUCACACUUUAAAGACAGGUCAAGCCUAUGCUGCAGAAGAUAAAACAUCAGUUGACGAUAGGCUGAGCAUCCUGCUGAAGGGGAAAAUGAAGGUGUCUUAUCGAGGGCAUUUUCUGCAUAAUAUUUACCCCUGUGCCUUUAUAGAUUCUCCUGAAUUUCGAUCAACACAGAUGAACCGGGGUGAGAAAUUCCAGGUCACCAUUAUCGCAGAUGAUAACUGCAAGUUUCUGUGCUGGUCCAGGGAAAGGCUGACUUAUUUUCUGGAAUCUGAGCCGUUUCUAUAUGAGAUUUUUAAGUAUCUUAUUGGCAAAGAUAUUACAAAUAAACUGUAUUCACUGAAUGAUCCAACUUUAAAUGACAAGGCUUCAAAAAAGAUUGAUCGACAGCCUAGUCUUUGCUCACAGCUCUCCGUGAUGCAGAUGAGGAACAGUAUGGCCAGUUCCAGCGACAGUGAGGAUGGCUUGCAAAUGUUCCUUCGUGGGACUUCUUCUGCAUCCUCUCUUCGAAAUAACCAACAAGAGUUCUAUAAUGCUUACGGAGUGAGUCGUUUGCAGCAUGAUGCUUUCUGUUGAUAACAUCACAUUAACUCAGCAAGCAUCCUCAAGAAGGUAUUAAAGUGGAUUUCUUUUUCACGUGUUACUUGUGUUUGACAUCCACAGUCCAUCUAAAUGUAAUUUAUUACGAAAUGAAACUGGUGCAUCUCUUCUUCCAAAAUUUGGGUUAAGCAGAAGUAGUUCAACCUACUUGCAAGGGUAGCUUCACCUAACUUUCAGUCCUUUAAAAAACAUUUUUGUAUUAGUUUCCAUUCAAGAAUUCUAUUGCUUGAUAGACAUUCAUAUACUUGUUAUUGACACAGUCUGUUUUUCUAUGCUGCUGGGUUUAGAUCACUCAGACUUGUUGUUCUAUGAAUCUGUAUUUGCAGACUUCUAAGCUAAGCAAGAAUGUAGAGAGGUUUUGGUUUGGUAAUGCUUUUAUUGGUAUUAUCUCAUGUGUGCUCCCUAUGUUAUACCCAACUUGUGCUUAAAAGCAGGAUUGUUUUUCAUGAGAAAUGACAUUUUAAUAGGCAUUUGGGCUUAGGCCCUCGAGAGUAGUGAAUGGAGGGUCUGAGUUCAAGGUCUGACUCGGUCUCUUGAACGUCUGUCCAACACUGGAUUGAGGCAUCAGUAGAUGUGGCUUUUAUAGAGAAAAGGGGCAUGUCUCUGAACCAAACAACUUGAUAGUGUUAGAUCUUAUACUGGAUCCUGUUGAACAGACUUUUAUGGCUUCUUACUUCUGAUUUCUGGAGAGAGUGAAGUGCUCUUAAACAAAAGAGAGAGAGUCUAAAAAUGGUGAUAAAGUGUACCAAUACAAAAAUCUGAAAAAAUGGAAAGCUGAAGUUAAAUCUAGCAUUUUCAGGCAUCCUUUCAUCUUUGAGUGUAAUAUUUUGAUGUCCUCCAACAAAGCCAAUUUUAUAUGCAAGUGUACACACAAAUCCUAGGUUUAGAGAAUUAAAUGUUCUAGACAUCAUUUGCUUAGGUCAUAAAAACCUAUCUGUGUGAAAAGAAGUGCUUAACAAUUCCAGUGAUUAAAAAUUGUUUAAGUAACCUUUAUCAUGAUGAUUAAAGUAGUUUUUUGAAUGUCAAAAGAAAAUGCUAAUACAUUUUUAACAUGGAAAAGUCUAAAAACCUAAUUCACAACAGUGUUUGGGUGAAUUUGACUUAAAAAUGCAGUAAUAUUAUAAUUUGCUGGUCUUGCCUGUAGCUGAAUUUUUGUUCUCUAACAUAUGCAGCACAAAGCAGUCCUCUUUCAUAAACAGGCUUUCUUAGCAUAGCACUUUACUGUAUAUCUGAAAAAUGUUUUUAAAUUAAUGGAAUAUCCCUGCAAUAACAGUUAUAUUACAGCUCUCGGUAUCUUUUUCAAGAACAUUUGACUUUUUGGCUAGGAUAUGGUGACCUACCACACCGGACCACUACCUCUUGAUCUUUUCUUAAAUGGUAUUUCAAAGUUUUCCCUUUUCUUUUUGGUCAUACUGUAGCUGAUUACAACCUACUGCCAUUGGGGUAGUUUGACUCUAGAAGAGAGCCCUAAGAGAAGAAAAAAGUCCAAGUACAGAUGCAGUUUCAGAAUGGAUGGUGGGAAAUAAACCUGUUUGGCUGAUGUCGGAGGAUCUCUUUGGUGAAAUCCUCAUACUGAAAAUUUAACUACAGUAGAGAUAGUUUGCAGUAAUACGUUGGACAAAAACUCCAUUAAAGGUCUUACUAGCAAUGGCUGUUGUGUGUGCUCCACUCUUGCAAGCUUUAUGAGUUACUGCUUUUCUAUAAGAUUGUCUCAGAGCAAUGAAAUCAAUGUCAGCCAAAAGUAUUGUGGCCUUCACCCAUUCAUCUUGUUUUCUAUAUGUUUAUGGGGCUAUUAUAUGUUCCAUAGGUUUUACAUUGUUGUGCUUUUAAGGCAGUUAGAGCUGUGAUCAGGUACCCAGGUGAGCUUUGCCCAGUGCACUAAAGAAUUUUUCCACAGCCGAGGCAACUGUGCAGAUCCACGUACCUUUUGUAUUUAAUCAUUCACGUCUUCAUUUGUGGAGAAGAACCAGUAGGUGAGUGUAAUGGUGAGAAAACAAUCACCAGAGACACAGCAUCGGGCACCUCACACAGUCAGGGUUUGCAGUGCAUUUGGGGAGAGUGCUGGGGCUGCCCGCAGAGUUUGAGUCUCAGAGGCAUUGCUGAUUCACAGAAGCGCGACUGCCCUGUGUCUAGAGUUUCAUGAUGCCUGUGGCCAAAUAACAAAGAAACGUUUACUUACAAAAUCCUCUCACAAGGGAGUUAGGACAGGAUCAUCAUAUUGUGUACACUUUGUCACAAAUAGAUGUAUAUAGCAGGUGUGUGUUGUGAAAUUAAUUGGUAAUUUCUUUGUAACUGUGGCAGGCCCAGGCCGGACAUCUCCCUACUUGAGAACUUCAGCAAAAAUGAAGCCAAUAGAAGAAACUGUUGAAGAUGAUGUCUUUGAAGCCCCGUGUUCUGAUAAGCUUGAACUCCAGCAGAUGCCUUAAACAGAUGUGUCCUUGGGCGUAUCAGAGCUUGCACAAAGUUCCAGUGCAAGAGGAAGAAGCUGAAUUUGGGAGGAAUAUGAAAGUUAAUAAACUCUCCAUGUCUGAAUUUUGCAUAUGUCAGUGGCUUCUAGAUGGAAGUGUCACACUUUAUUUUAGUUCUAAAUAAAGUAAAAUAAAUAAAAACUUGUACAGGUAUUAUUUUUGUCUUCUGGACAUGGGUGGUUGUUUUAUUUUGACUUUGACCCUUGCCAUCAUAAAUUUGGUAUUAAGUGACUGAACAGCCUGAAAUUUCUAGACACUUUUUCAGUGGAGAUCAUCCCCAGUUUCAUCUCUGUAAGUUUCUUAGAAGCCUGUGUCUUAUGAAUGGGAGAUUCUGAAAUCGUGUUUCCAAAGCCGGGUUGCUGUUACCUACCAUCAUUGUUGUAAGAUUCUCAUAUGAAAUAGUACACGUACUCUUCUGCAUCUUUUGGUAGGAAUUUUCAUCUAAAUCUGGCAUUUCUUAACCUGUCUGCUUGACUCUACAAGUGUAAUAAUAACUUCAAUUUUAAUUUUUUCUUGGCAAAAUAUUUAAUGUUGCCUUUAUUCCUUAACUUUUUCUUCUUUAGAUAACUGUAUUACUCCAAAGUCUAUGCUUUUCCUUAGUGUUAUUCAUGGAGUGAUUGAGCUUUUCUGGAUUAACCUUUCCACACCGCAAUACACGAGGUACAAAUUAAACUUGAUGUAGGAAAUUCAGUUCAGAUCUCAAAACUGAGUAGCUGCAAGUACAGUAAAACACAGUCUCCUACAAGGAAGACAUGUAGAUGGUAGCUAUACUUCUGUGCUUUGACAGUUCUUGAAAUUUGUUAUGCAAAGAAUAGUAUAUUUUAACUGAAAAAACCAGAGAAGAGAUACUAUUCCACUUAUCGAACUGCACAAAACUCUGCUACCUACAAUAAUAGAAGUCUGGCAUAAACUCUUAUGGAGUCAAAGGUGUCAGAGUCUGGGUUUUGCUGGUUUGUGUCAUUGGUUUGUGUCAUUCCAUUUUAUUUCUAAAAUUUAUCCCGACAGAGCAUCCUUGAAUCAGCCUGCAUCUGAGUUACACUCAUUCCCUCCUCAAAGGCUCCUGCGAUAUCAAACCACACAAUUAAAUGAUUGGAAGUUUGACCUGUAUUGUCGAGUGUUCCUACUCCUAUGAAUUUAAAUGCAGUGUUUAAUAUUACAUCAGUACAUCUUGUGGUCCGGUCAGUUCUGUUUUACUAAAAAUGCCAUACUGUGGUGGGACGUACUUACCAAUUUGUGUGAAUAUAUGUAAAAUAUCUUCAGGCCACACACAUGCAAAAGACAGCGCAUUGGCCUCUGUUGGAGUUGAUGUAGUUAAUCACGCAAAUUUGAUUUAAUGUUAUGAAGGUCUUAUAGGUAGAAAACAGGAAAUCUCGUUGCAGCUGUUGUAACUUAUGCUCAAGUGGUAGUUGAAACAGCUUUCAAACCCACUGCUUUAAUUAAUCAAAAUGAACAGUAGAAUCAGUUGUGAGUGUACUGGUGUACAACUGGGAUUCAGCAAAUAAAACCUAAAUGCAUGUUUAAAAUUAUACCACAUUUUUAGGAGCUGUCAAAUACUAGCAACGGAACAGAUUAUACCGUGAACAAAAAUACAGUAGACAGCAGGAAAAUUAAAUAUAUUUGAAAACCAAGAAACAAAGAGAAAUACGUAUCCUUAUAACUCCAGUG